AGAACAUAAAACAUAAAUACAAACAUAAACAUGAUCAUAUUCAAAACGAAAUUCUAAACAUCAUUAUAUACUUAAGUUAGUCUUCAAAAAAUAAACUUAAGUUAGUCAAAUAUAAUCUAAUUUACUUAGUUUAAUUAUUUUUAAGGAUAAAAGUUUCUUAUUUGUCUUGAUACAUAUAAAAUAGAGGAAAAGAAAAUUGAAUUUUGUAUAGUUUGGUUAGCUUUUUGGUAUUGUUUUGAUAAAACCAAACCAAAAUAUAUACACUGCUCAUAAAUAUCAAAAAGGAAAGAAAUAUAAUUAAAAACCUUUUAAAGUAUUGCUGACACUUGAUGAUAGAAAGUUUGACCAUAUCAAUUGUUUCCAAAGUAAAAUGGUUUGAGUUUUAUUAUAAGAAUACCAACUUUCUCGUAUACAAUACACAUUUCUUCUCUUAUCAUCUUCCUCAUAUUCUUGAUUCGGGCUAGCUAAAAGGUUUUCAUUUUCAUUUAUAAAUAAACUCUUUAUUACAGAUAUUCUGUUUCUGACGAUCUAUUUGUUUGUGUGUACGUGUCUCAUUACAGUUCAGAGUUUUCUUCCCAACAAAAAUAAGUGAUUCUAAAGAAAACUUCAUGGAGAUGACGUCCUUCUCGGCUUCACAAUUGAUUUUCACCGUAGAAUACAAAAUUUACAUAUGAUUAUGAAUGAUAAAACUAUACUUUGUUAGAUCUUAGGCCUGAGUGUUCUUUCCAGGAUGAAAAGAAAAACAAAUGAAAAAUCCCAAUCCCAAUCUUAAACCCUAACUGUUUUUAUAUUCUUUGGUUACUUCGUUUUCCAGAUUGCCCCUCCUUCUCCAGAUGCCAUUAUCGGGCCUCCAGAGAUGGUGGAAAGUUCCGGUGGCGAUCAUGCAACAAUGAUGAUAUCCAACAACGGUCUUCCUCAUCAGCGGAUGGACGUUGAUCAGGCUCCUGAAGAUCACAACAUUAUUGAUGUUCUAAACGUCGAACCUUCAUCUCCAAAAAGAAGGGGAAAUGAGGUAUCAUUAUCAAACAUGAUUAUAGCCUCAAGAACGGGCAGAUACGAUGAAAGGGUCAUAAUUCAAAUGAAAAGUGAAGAAAACAAUCUUGACGAUGGUUAUAGCUGGAAAAACUAUGGUCAGAAACUCAUCAGGGGGAACCCAAAUGUGAGUUUUCACAGGAGGUACUACAAAUGCACAUUCAGUGGGUGCGACGUGAAGAAGCAUGUGGAGAGAAGAGCAGACAAUGCGAAGUCAUUGGUGAUUACAUACUAUGGGAAUCAUGAGCACGAUGCACCAGUUCAACGCAGAAAGAGUUACUCUCUAAAGAAGCGGUCAGGUUCUUCAAUGUUUCAAGAUGCUAGCAAUCGAACCCCUCGAUUAGGCAGGCCACCUUUUUCCUCUUCGGCCUUUCAGGUUUUCCCUCCUUCGUUGGAACCACACCUUGGUAUGACACAGAUCAAUAUGAAUGGACUCUCUAAACUGCCGAGUUUACCAGCCAACCAGAUGGUACAUAGGUAUACAUGGGGAUAAGGGAUCGUCUAUUUCUUAACCUUUGUGUCAACCUUUAGAUAGUAAAACCUUAACCAAAAAAAUGAUGUAAACCCUUUUUAUAUCCUUAGUGAUAUACAAUAAUGUACAAGAUAUAAAGUCUUGUAGUCAUCCCUUUCAUCAUGGUUUUUAAUGCAUAUUAUCUUUAAGUUGACCUGUUUAAUUUCAAACAGUCAGAGAUGGUUAAUCCAGAUAAACAAAUAAUAAUUUCUCUUUCUAUGGGCUUUCUUUACGUGUUUUGUAGAUUUUUUUCUUCAAAAAAGUCCUUCAUGCCUUCGUGUAAUUCACUGUUUCGUUAAAUUAUGUGUAUGGUUAAAACAAAAUUGGUCUAAAAUGUGUAUGGUUAAGUUGAAGUUUGAACCGAUUGUAGAUAGGUCUAUGAUUUGCCUUUCAGGUGAAAAGAGCACAAACCGGGUUCAAGCAGGUUGUCUAGUUUCUAUUUAAACCGAUCAUUGGUGACUCGGUUCAGUCGGCAAGGUUAAGGCUAAAUCGUGUCAACAGGUCAGAAGGGGAAAAAAUUGAUUGUAUCAAUCAUAUAGUCAUAUUAUACUUCAUUAAUAGAGUCGUAUGUAACAUGCCUGAUUAUAUCCAUCUUCCUUCAAGUCAAGCCUUUACGUAUUUAGGAUUAGCUAUGAUUUUCUUCUAUACAAGAAAUGUGUGAAGCCUUAAGUUUCAAGCCACUGAGUUGCUGAGGCAUUGAUCCGAAUAAGCGAGAAAGUGUGAAAUUGAAUUGGGUUUAAUAUUCUUGUUAUGCUUUGCAGUACUUAGUUAUAUUUUCCUUGCCAGAAACUCUCAAAUUUCUAUGGUUACAGCCACUACUUGAUCGAGUCUGAGGCAUUCCCCUCACUGACAGAUUCAAAGUCGCUGGAUAUAACUCAAAUACAUUUAAUGGUUUUUUUCGUUUCUUAUCUAUCAAGACAUUAAUUGUCUAUAUAUAUAAUGGAUCAUGUUCAUAAAGAUAAUGAAUCAUUUUGAAGAAAGUUUUUUGUUGUUGAUUUCUUGGCAAUAUAUAGUGUUUCUUUCUAUGUGUCUCUAUUUGUAUAUUGUAUUAGUCUAAUAGGUUUGAUCUGUAUUACAUUUGAAUUCCUUGUAUUAUAACCAGAGCCAGUAUGAACUCAAUGGGUUGAAACAUUUCAAUGAGACUAUCAUAUUUAACAGUCCCAAAUUGUUGCAAAACAUUAUAUUUAUAUAUUAAUUUGUAGAAAUAAUGAGCUCUGUUUAUUACUUAACUUUUAAUGAACCCAUAUUACAAACAACUUUUGUGAAAAAAGGAAACUCAAUGAGGGCAGUGAAAUAAAAAAAAAGAGUUUAGGUUCCAUAUAACAAAAAAAACAUAAUUAGGUAUUAUGAGCUGUUACAUUUCAAUUGCGAGUAGUUGUUGCUAUCAUGUAACAUUUUAGCUUGUCAUUAACUGAUAAAUAUAUGGUUGGUUGCUAUAAAUUAGGUAUUAUGAGCUGUUACAUGUUUUGUUAUAUGUUAAGAACUGUGGUUGAUGCUAAUUGGUAAAUGGUUGGUUAGAUGAUACAAAGUAUUGGUUGAUACAUGUUUGAUUAGCUGUUACAAAUCAUGUUUCCGCUUUUUUAAAUGCUGGUAAAAAGUUAAAAAUAGUUCUCGAUAGUUGAUACAUUAUUCAGUCAUUAUCUAUUUAGCUUCUACAUUCUUGACGGUUAACAAUGAUCAUAUUAUACGUAAACUAUUAUGCUAUUGAUUCUUCUAUGAUUUACAUGUAAAUAUAGGUCGCUAACAAAGAUGUAGUAUAUGCUAAUAUAAACUGAUACAUUCGUUUGGACCAUACCUUCGGAUAAAAAAAUUACCCACUAACAAUUUAUAUCACACUUUAUGAUAAAUUUUAGCGUUCAACGAAUUUGGUUAACAUACUAGUAAUGUACACCCAAAUUAUUGAACUUAUUGUGAUUCUCUCAGGUCCAGUAAUUAAUCGCAAUCGAUCCAAUCCAAUGAUUUUCAAUUUCAGGAGCAUAUAAGAAGAUUCAUAAUUGAGGGAAAAUCUGUUGGUGCGCUUCAGAUUGAUCUUCCGUAACUCUGAGAGCUUUGCAGGAGGCAUGUCUUUCUUUGGGCCAAUGAUUUAUGACAUACAUGGUGUCCAGCGUCGGGGUAAUUAUAAUGAUGGUGAAAACAAAUUAACAAGGAGAAAAGAAGAGAGAAAAGAUCGUACCAAGAAGAAGAAUAUACUCUUACGUGUUCAAUCAAAAAAAAGAAGAUAAAAUGGUUUGUCUGUCAUUUUUGCUACAGAGAAUCUGAAUUUCCAGUUAUAAGGGUAGUUUCCUAAUUUUAGCUUAAGUUAGGUAUAUUGAGCCAAUUGACUCAUUAAAGAAUACACAUAUAAUUUAGGCUCUUUUCAUUAGUUGAAAAUCAAGGACAAGCUAAAUACGAUUAACCUAAAUAUAUUCUAUUAAAAGUACUUUGAUGAAACUACAAUUUACCUAACGUAUAAUUUAAAUUUAUAUCAUUGGAAAUUUUAGAUUUUAUAGACAUUCAUUAAGGAUAACAUUCUAAAAUUAAUUUCAAAUGAAUUAGUUUAAAAAUUAAAAUCAAAAUAUUUUUAUAUCUUUUUAGUUUAGUUAUAAAUAUAUGUUUUCAAUUCCGUUAAAAAGAAGAAAUAUGAAACAAGCAUUAAUUUUACUGUGAUUUACAAUAAAUAUCAUUGGAAAUAUUUGAAUUCUAAGAUAUUAUUAAGUUUAAUAAUGUCAAAUUAACUUACUCAUGUUUAUAUUUUUUAAAUAUAAAUGUAUAAUAGUUUUUAUUAUAUUUAAAUAUGGUGAGGUAAAUGUAUUUUAAUAAAUAAUUCAUUAAUUUCAUAAUUAGUAAUAGAAUACGUCUAUAUAUGAAUAUUAAUUCGGUUUAAAUUGAUAAAAAAUCUAUAAACUCUAUAAUCCUAGUCUAUUUUAUUAACGAAGAAUAACUAUUUUAAAAUAAAUAUUACAAAACCAUAUUAAAUUGAUAGUUUAACCUAUGUUAUUUUUAUUAGUA